CGGGGCUUGCCGGGCGGGAUUGGCCGGGCUGGCUUUCCGUCCCGAGGUGGUGCGUCUCGACUGCCGCCGCCGCCGCCGCCGCCGCCCUGUCGCCCUUUGGCUUAAGGGGAGGCGGUUUCAUGGACAAAUAAAAUGAUAGAUCUGAUGGACUGAGGAGAUGGCGGGAAGAAAACUACUAGGAGAAUAUGGAUCAUAUUGAAGUCUUUUCUAACAAGACCCUGCUGAAUUGCAAAAUGGGUCAGGAAGCUGGAAAGCCCACAUGGCCAAAACCAGCAGGAGGGUAUCAGACUAUUACAGGCAGAAGAUAUGGAAGAAGGCAUGCCUAUGUCAAUUUUAGACCAUCUCUGACGAGCCAAGAAAGAAAUUUGAGCCAACACGAUGGAGAAUGUGAAGGAUUAGAACUAGAUGAUGUUCAAAAAGAAAAUUAUUUGUGUUCCAGUCCACUUGCCCAAGUAUGCUCUCCUUUGACAGAUGUACCAUUGUUAGCGAAUGUUGCUUCAGAAAAUCCUGUUGGUCAAGCUGAACUGAAUCAAGCAGUCAACACAGAUGCUUCUCCAUUUUCUCCAGCAUGUUACACUUGGGGCGAUGGCCAAACUGUGGGUAACAAUAUGAAUUCUGAUACUUGUGGAGAGCACAAUAACCUUAAUGGACAGAAUGGAAUUGCUUUUGUAAACAUUGACUCUUAUGAACCAGAUAGCAGUGAUGGAGAGGAAGAGAAUGACCAAAAUGAUCUUUCAUUAGCUAAAGAAAAAGCGGGAAUAUUUCAAGAGACACUGGAUAGUAUGCUUUCUGAAUUGGAGAAAGGAGUGGACUCCUUUAGUGAUCUGCAGUCACAUCUGUCUAAUUUCAAUCAUAAUGCUUCAAGCAAAAGUUUUGAAGACAUAAGACCAGUGCCUUUCAAGAGACAUUCUAGCCUAGAAUUGGAUACUGCUCACCCAAAUAAGACACUUGUAAAAACAUCUAGUGAAGAUGAGCGUCUAGUAAAAAAUAACCUUAGUGAUAUGGAACAGCAAAAAAAUACAGCUGAUCCUACAAUUAGGACACAAAUAGGAAUUUGUAAUGAACUGAGUACUGUGAAGACAGACCAAGAGAAUUCAUCAGAACUGGUCGUAAGACCCAAAGUUAGAAAACAAAAUCCUGUGAGCCAGUUGGAUAGGAAGCAUUCUUUUUCAAAUGAAGAGGAAGAAAAGACCAGCAGUAGAAGGUGGAGUGAGAAUGUGGAUGUCCAGCACUGUAACACAGAAUGUGUCCUGAAACACAGCAAAGAGAAAAACAAUUCUAGUAUGUUUUUUGAUCCAAGAGACUAUGGAGGAGCUCAAAAGAAAUUAAAAAGUGAACUAAGGAAGCAAAAUAUAGCACUUCAAGAAAAAAGCAAAGUGGACGAUAGUGCUUUCUGGGAUGAAUUUGAAGACUCUGGAAAAAAUCUAUCAAGCUCCAACAAAGAUGAAGACAGCUCUGAAUGCAGUGAUGGUGAAUGGUCUGCAUCUCUGCCCUCCUAUUUUGCUGUGACAGUGAAAGAUCAGUCCUCCAGUGAUGAGAGCUGGGAGACUCUCCCAGGAAAAGAGGAGCAGGAACCUGAAUUGCAGAGUGACAGCAGUGGUGUGGAAGAGGAACAUAAUGAGUUUGGUUUCCAAGCAGGGGAACAGACUACCCUAGAGGACGGUGAAAUUCCUUGGUUGCAAUAUCAUGAAGAAAUUGAAAGCAGCAGUGAUGAGGAAAAUGACCAAGUGAGCCAUUUUGUGCAUCCUGGCUUUUUCAUGUUGGAUGGAAACAACAAUCUGGAAGACGAUUCCAGUAUGAGUGAAGAUCUAGACGUGGAAUGGAGGCUGCUUGAUGAAUUUGGUGAUGGCUUGGGUGUUGCUCAAGCCAUUUCUUAUGUGGAUCCCCAGUUCCUUACAUAUAUGGCCCUGGAAGAACGACUGGCACAGGCCAUGGAGACCGCUCUGGCACAUUUAGAGUCCCUCGCAAUUGAUGUUGAACAGGCACAUCCACCAGCUAGUAAGGAGAGCAUAGACUGUCUGCCACAGAUUAUUAUAACAGAAGAUCACAAUGCUGUAGGUCAGGAGCAGUGCUGUGCUAUCUGCUGCAGCGAGUAUAUCAAAGAAGAAAUUGUAACAGAACUUCCAUGUCAUCACUUCUUUCAUAAGCCCUGCAUAACACUUUGGUUGCAAAAGUCUGGAACGUGUCCUGUAUGCCGCCAUGUGCUUGCGCCUGUGCUUCCAGAGACAUCUAUUCCCACAGUUACCUUCCUGCCUGAUCAUGAUUCUACUCCUUCAGUCCACAGUACAUCAGGAACACAAUAAAACGAACAUCUGAAAAGAGAGUUUGAACCAUCGAAUUUUACUGUAAAUUUCUCCUGUUUAAUUACAAUGUGAAACUGGUUUAUAUGUAAGUAUAUAUAUAUAAAUAUAAAUAUAUAUUAAAAACACUUUAAAGUAUACUAGUUUAGAAAGAGAAUGUAUGACCUUUCUAAAUGGUUUAGAAACCAUUUAGAGCUAGAAUUAUCAGACUAAAAGGAGUAAAAGCUUGCACUAGUUUUCCUCAGUAAAACAUGUCGCUGUUAACUAAUGUCUAAUGCUUAUAUUAAAUUUGUCUUAAGGAAUGAUCAUUAUUAAUGUGGCACUUGUGUUCAAGGUAAUGCAACUGCAGUGCAGUUGGAGCUUACAGAUGUUAUGCAUAUAACCUGUUUUACAUUAUAUAAUUGAGGCUUGAGUUGUUUCUUUCUGUUGAAAAAUAGUGCCACUUGAUUACUUUGUACAUAGCUCUUUCAUAUUUGCAUCAAAUGUGAAGACGUUCUGUGAUCACAGCAGUAGUAUAACUUUGGUUUCACUGGAAAUAAAAAAAGCAUAAUAACUCAACUUUCCUGUGAUUUCAUAAUAGCAUGUGUACUUGUGAGUGUUUCUCUAACCAGUACCCAGAACUGAUAGUUGGGCAGCUUUAUGGAGUUCAUAAUCUGACACAAUUUGACAUGCCUGUGGUAGAAACUGAGGACACAUCAUCCAGACUAUAGAAAACCUGUGGGAGCUGGGUGCUUUCGUUAUAUCAGCUGUUGGAAUUUAGAUAGGCAAAUUUUAGUGGCCAGGUCAUAAAGGUAAAGGGACCCCUGACCAUUAGGUCCAGUUGUGACUGACUCUGGG